UCCGCCCGUGACGCGCUUUGUCGGCGCCCGUCGCGCGGCGUCGGUGCCGGUGGCGGCCAUGGCGCAGCCCGGCGGCAGCCGCCCCAUCACCAUCAGCGACGUGCAGCAGCUGGUGAGGCGGAAGGACGAGGUGGAGGCGCAGAUCAAGGCCUACUACGAGCUGCUGGAGGGGGGACUUCAAGUCGACGAUGAGAUUGUGGAGUUUGGUUCUGUCAAUGUAAACAACUUCCAGAACCUGCAGAACAUCGCCACGGUGGUGCAGCACAGCGAAGGGAGACCCCUGAGUGUGACUGUGCUCCGUGGCGGCAAAAAAGUGCACGUGGGGCUGACUCCAAAGCGCUGGGCCGGGAAGGGCCUCCUGGGCUGCAAUAUCAUUCCCUUGCAAAGAUGACCAUUGCUUGGAAAACAAUAAAGCUGAAGCUUGUGCCUGCUUUCUGGACUCUGAUUUGAAAACUUCCCCAUGCAUUUUUGCUGAAGCAAAUGUUUCAGAGGCUGUGACCUCUACGUGCCAGACUGAGUCUGAAGAGGUUCUGCUGGAGCAAGGUCUGACUGCAGUUCAGAAUUGCACUGGUUCAUCAGCAGUAGGUUGCAGAGUUGCAAGAUGGGGCUUCUCUCUUACACCUUGUGUUAGUUUGGAAUGAGGCUACAGGGAGACCCAAACUUCACUUGACACACCAAAGAGCGUUAAGUGCUCUUAAUUGGUGAUAAUGGAGCAUUCCUCCUUUAAAAUUCACCCCCCUUUAAAAUUCCUCACUAAAUAUCUUGUAAUAUAUGCUAAAAAGUCCUGGAGCACUUCUGGUGUCUGUAAUAGUAGAUCACAGUCAAGAAAUAUGCAAGUUGAUACUUUAUCUUCCCUGUGUUGCCACAACUUUUGAAGUCACUGAACAUGAUGAAAGAAUUUUUGGAACACUGAACACUUAAUUAUUUUAAGUUAGUGGUAUAAUGAAUGGGGGUUAUAAUUCUACUUUGCUUUUCUUUUAGUAUUUUAUGUGGUCAUGAUAAAAAUACUCCUAACUUGAUGACUUUUUAAUUUUGUUUUAGUUUUUUUUUUUUUAAUUUGUGGUGGUUGAUUUUGGGGUGUAUGAACUCUUCAAGGGGAUUUCUGGGAUGACUGGUUUGUCGUAAGUUUGUUUCCAGUUGAACUUCAAAAUCACUCUUCCGAAACAAUAAAACAGAGUAAUACCUCUCUCCA